AGUCGUCGACAACCUCGCUUCUCUUUUGCUUCCCGUUUUCGUCGUUCUAUUCAUUCUGCGAUUUCUUCGAGGGAGAGACGAGAAGACGAGGGACAGGAGGGGAGAAACUCUUCGAUGGCGUUCUCCACUCUCCUCAGAUCCGCGGCUCCGGCUCUCGGUGGAUCUCGCGAUCGCUUCCCCUCCGAUUCCGGAGCUCCGAUUCCGCCAUCCUUCAAGAUAUCUUGCAUUCGGAGUCCUCGAUCAGCUGGGAAUCGUUCAAGCAUUUUCGGCUCUUCAUUCCCCUCCGUGGAAGCCUACUCGUCGCAGAGAUCUGGUGCAAGAAACAAUCAGCCUAUCAAGGCCACAGCAACCGAGGCUCCUCCUUUUGUGAAAAGUUCUCCAAGUGGUGGCAGGACGAAAGUUGGAAUUAAUGGUUUUGGGCGUAUUGGAAGACUUGUCUUGCGCAUUGCCACCACAAGAGAUGAUAUCGAAGUAGUAGCAGUAAAUGACCCCUUCAUUGAUGCUAAGUACAUGGCAUAUAUGUUAAAGUACGACUCAACACAUGGCAUAUUCAAGGGAACGAUUAAGGUUGUGGAUGGGUCCACCUUAGAAAUCAAUGGGAAAAGGAUUGCAGUUACAAGCAAAAGAGAUCCUGCUGUCAUUCCUUGGGGUGAUUUUGGUGCUGAAUUUGUUGUUGAAUCUUCUGGUGUGUUUACAACAAUGGAUAAGGCAUCAGCACAUUUGAAGGGUGGUGCCAAAAAAGUAGUAAUAUCAGCUCCAUCUGUGGAUGCUCCAAUGUUUGUUGUUGGAGUAAAUGAGAAGAACUAUAAGCCAAACAUGAAUGUUGUUUCUAAUGCUAGCUGCACAACAAACUGUCUUGCUCCUCUUGCCAAGGUGGUACACGAGGAGUUUGGCAUUGUUGAAGGCCUUAUGACAACUGUUCAUGCAACCACAGCAACACAGAAGACUGUUGAUGGUCCUUCAAUGAAAGACUGGCGAGGGGGCCGUGGUGCUGGCCAAAACAUCAUCCCUAGCUCAACUGGUGCAGCAAAGGCGGUUGGAAAAGUGCUUCCAGAGUUAAAUGGGAAGUUGACCGGUAUGGCUUUCAGAGUUCCUACGCCCAAUGUUUCUGUCGUGGAUUUAACUUGUCGACUUGAGAAAAGUGCCUCGUAUGAUGACGUGAAGGCAUCAAUUAAGUAUGCAUCAGAAGGUCCACUGAAAGGCAUACUUGGAUACACCGAUGAGGAUGUUGUUUCUAAUGACUUUGUUGGUGACUCAAGGUCAAGUAUCUUUGAUGCUAAGGCUGGCAUUGGACUAAGUGCAUCGUUUAUGAAACUUGUGACAUGGUACGACAACGAGUGGGGCUACAGCAACCGAGUGCUAGACCUGAUUGAGCAUAUGGUGCUGGUGAACGCAAAACAUUGAGAUAUGAUUUGGCUUGCUCAAAUGGACUAUAUCUAAGCUACAAUUUUGAUGAGGGGCUUUAGUUGUUUUUUGUUUCCACAUUAUGAAAUAAAAUGUUAUUCUAGAUUCGAUCAACAUUUUUACGAUUUAGUUUGAGUUUGAAGGACAUCUAUCAUGAUUGUAAUGCAACAGACUAUUCUUCCUCUUGGUAGUAAUGCAACAUUUAUACAACAGACUACUGUAAUGCAAAGAUAAAAGAAGCAAUCUCGUGUGCACUCCUGCUGAUACUGCUCAGCCUGGGUUGCCAGCAGCCGCUGUCUCUGCCAGAAACCUUGCUCCGGUGAUGGAGUCUCCCAAGUGUUGGUUGAGGUACUCUCGCUUGUGGCAACUCCAUGUUGGUGUUUAGGUUGAGGGGAAGAGUUGGUGUUUGAUUUGGGAGUUUCUCUUUCCAAAAACAUGCUUGAAAUGGAUGAUUUCGUAAUCUUUAUAUCUCUAAAGGUUGCAAUUGCUGGCUA